AUGCAUUUUCAGGUCCAGUGCUAUGUCAAGAAGGCACUGCCUUCAACAAACAUAGCGCACUGCUUGGAACACUGUUUCAAAGCUGGCAAACAGUGCAAUGCGGUAAUGUUCUUUCAUGACAAGGAUGAAUGUGUUUUGAGUGAAAAAACUCAGUAUUCAAAUCCUGAGGAGUUCCAGGAGCAUGAGGAGGUGGAUUAUUUUGACAACGUAUGCGACUACAGAGCCAGUACUAUCGGUUCUUUGGAAAAGGUAUUAACCGAAAUGACACCAAGUAGCAGUCGAUUAGAGGGAAGGAGAAUGCGAUCCGAGAGCACGCAACGCUUCAGCGAACCAGACCCACGUGUUGUUGUCGAGCACGACACUUUAUCCACCACCAAUGUCGAAUUGGAGCCAACACAUGGACGUUAG